AUUCUAUCGCCAACGAAGCAUUUUCUUUGCAGCCCCAAUCGGCAACUGUUCUCACCGAUACAUCUUGAGUAAUUUUAGAAUUGAGAAGGGAACUUGUUAGCUUUGUGUAAAACAGGCAGAAGAGUAUUGAAUCGCAGUCAUCCAUCGACUGGCUCACCAGACAGGAAUAUUUCUGAUGGAUAAUAUAUGCUUUUCUGUUGUUUAAGAAAAUACGAGAUCUUGAGAAGCUUCCAUCAGAUCUAGUCGGUAUAAACGUGAUAAGGAAAAUCCUGGUAUAACUAUGGCAACAAAUCUUCUAGGCACCCGAGUUGUUCGUGGUCAAGAUUGGACAUGGGGAAACCAAGAUGGCGGAGAAGGUUCUGUAGGUACAGUAGUUCAAGUCGGAAAAGACAAGAAGUCGCCUGUGACAGCACAGCUUGUUUACGUACAGUGGGAUUGUGGAGGGAAGCACGACUACAGGGCUGGAAUCGAAAGGAAACACGAUCUUCGAGUUUUUAGUCUCACAAAUGGCGACGCGAAACAUCUAUUUACUAGCUGCGAUGGUUGUAAAGAAGAUCCCAUCAUUGGACUGCGCUGGCACUGUUUAGAUUGUCCCAACUAUGAUCUGUGUAGCAAGUGUUACAUGAACGAUGUCCAUGAUGUCAAUCAUCGCUUUGAAAGAUUCGACAAGAGUCGCGCCAAAGGCAUCCCCGUUGGCAAAAGGCAAGGCGCCACUAAGAUUGAAGCCCGCGGAAUGUUUAAGGGAGCAAAAGUAACCAGAGGACCAGAUUGGGAAUGGAAGGAACAGGAUAACCAAUCUCCUAUGGAAGGCGAGGUUGCUGAGGUCACCAGCUGGAGUGACGAGACUAAUAAUGAUGCUGUGCGAGUGAACUGGAACAUAGGACCGAGGGGUAACAUUUAUAGAUUGGGAACAAAUGGAAAGGUUGACCUCAAGUGCACUUCGCCAGCUGUUGGAGGAUAUUAUUACAAAGAUCAUUUACCACCGCUCACAAUGCAGAUAAGAAAAUCCAAAAGUGGGUUUAUGAGUGGUGACAAAGUCUACCUUCAGAAGCUUGCGAUAGGAAAGCUUCAGGAGUUAUCCGCUGGUCAUGGGGAAUGGAACGCAGACAUGGAAAGGUAUAUUGGAAAAAUUGGAGUCGUGCAGGAUUUCACAACCAAUGGUGACGUUGUUGUAGAGUAUCGCGACAUAAGAUGGCGUUACAAUCCAGCAGUUUUGUCAAAGAUUCAAAAAUUUAAGCAAGGCGAUGAAGUCGUAGUUAAAAGUGAUGAGAACUUGGUCAAAGAGCUCCAAAAAGAACAUGGAGGAUGGAACGAGUCUAUGAUAUCAAUCCUUGGUCGUACUGGAAAGGUGUUGGAAGUUGAUAGUGAUGGUGAUAUUUUAGUGUCAGUAGAAGGCACCAGAUGGAUGUUGAGCCCAGCUGCUGUGACUUCUGUCACUGACCCAGACCUCCAGCAGUCAACAGAGGCUUGUGACAUGGGCAGCGAAGAUCCCUUAGGGCUUUUCAGUCUCUUUAGAGACUUACUACGUCAAGCUCAUGAACAGGAGGCUCACGGCCUUGUGAAUGCUGCGCAAAGCAACAACCUCUCAAGACUCAUUGAGAUCUUGGAUGCUAACCCAGAACGGAUUGACGAGCUGGAGGGUGGUCACACUGCUCUUCAUGUUGCAUGUCACCAGGGGCAUUGUGAAAUCAUCAGAGAAUUGGUUGAGAGAGGAGCCAACAUGGACAUACUGGAUAAUCAGGGAUACACAGCCAUGCAUCACUCUACUUACCAAGACGAAAGCGGUGAAGCAUUGAAACUGUUACUGGAGAAAGGCUUUGACCCAAACGUUCAACACAGAAGUAAUAAGAGCACACCCUUACAUUUGGCUGUGAAAAGGAAAAACGAAACGGCAGUACAGAUCCUGACAAAGUGCCCUGAGUGUGACGUCAAUCUACAGGACGAGGCAGGUGAUACCCCUCUCCAUGAUGCCAUCCUUGCAGAACACCACAGCAUGGUGGAUAUGCUGUUAGAGUGUCCAAGAAUUUGUUACACUCUUUGUAACGGAAAAGGUUUCAAUUAUCUUCAACACGCUGUUUUGAAAGGAGAUAAACGCGCCGUGGAAAGAGUUUUUGCCAAAACUGGGAAUUCCUUGAAUGUUGUCAAAAAUGAUGGGUUCACGACCCUUCAUAUUGCAGCAAUUAAUGAUCAUCGUGAGAUAGCUAAGAUCCUUUUACAGAAGCCGGGGUGUGAGGUCGAUGCUCUAACCUCUCACAAUCAUUCGGCACUUCAUUUAGCCGCCAGUAAAGGGCACUCAGUCAUGGCAGGGAUGUUGUUGGAUCAUGGAGCUAAUGUAAAUGCGGUGGAUGAUGACGGAGAUACGGCGCUUCAUAUCACUUUAAUGAAGGAACACGUACUAAAGAGAAAUCCGGCAGAAAUGCCGGGGCUAGAGUUACUGCUCGGUGAACGAAAGACCAGUGCGUCCUUUGUCGCCGUCUCACGCUGCUUGUUAAGCUAUGGAGCUGACGUGUUGAAAGUCAAUGGCUCUGGGGAAACACCGCUGGACAGAUGUCAAGGAUCAGAAGUUGAGCAACUCAUUCGGAAGAUUGCAGCCGGUGGAGGGACUACAGACAACAAGAAAGUUCCAAGUUUUCGGUCCUCGAGCGGGUCGCAGACCAAACCUGAAUUAAGCGAUCCUUCAUUUUCAGCAAGUGCGGCGACACUGACAGAGGAAACUGAAAAUGAAGAUAAAAAUCAAACAGAUAGAAUGGCUAGCACAGAUGAGACAGAAGAUACGUUUUUAAGAGGCGUAAUAAGUGACUUGUGCAGAGGAGAUCAAGAAGACAUUAGGGCGGACAUCGGCCUCGUAAAUGCUGCACAAAACAACAACCUCUCGAGAGUCAAGGAAAUCUUGGAUUCUAACCCAGAGCGGAUUGAUAAGUUAGUGGGUGGUCACUCAGCUCUCCAUGUAGCAUGUCACCAGGGGCAUUGUGACAUCAUUAAAGAAUUGCUUGAGAGGGGAGCUAACAUGUAUAUACUGGAUAAUCAGGGAUACACAGCCAUGCAUCACUCCACUUAUCAAGACGAAAGCGGUGAAGCAUUGAAGCUGUUACUGGAGAAAGGUUUUGAUCCAAAUGUUCAACACAGAAGUAAUAGGAGCACACCCUUACAUUUGGCCGUGAAAAGGAAAAACGAAACGGCAGUACAGAUCCUGACUCAGUGCCCCGAGUGUGACGUCAAUCUGAAGGACGAGACAGGUGAGGCCCCUCUCCAUCAUGCCAUCCUUCUACAACACCACAGCAUGGUGGAUAUGCUGUUGGACUGCCCAAGAGUUUGUGUCACUCUUUAUAACGGAAAAGGUUUCAAUUAUCUUCAACUCGCUGUUUUGAAAGGAGAUAAACGCGCCGUGGAAAGAAUUUUUGCCAAAACCGGGAAUUCUUUGAAUGUUGUCAAAGAUGAUGGGUUUACGACCCUUCAUAUUGCAGCAAUUAAUGAUCAUCGUGAGAUAGCUAAGAUCCUUUUAACAAAGCCAGAGUGUGAGGUCGAUGCUGUAACCACUAAAAAUCAACCGGCACUUCAUUUAGCCGCUAAUGAAGGGUAUUCAGUCAUGGUAGGAAUGUUGUUGGACCACGGAGCCAAUGUGAACUCGGUGGAUGAUGACGGAGAUACAGCGCUUCAUAUGACUUUAAUGAAGGAACACGCACUACAGAGAAAUCUGGGGUCUGGUCUGGAGUUUCUAUUUGGAGUACGAAAGAGCAGUGCGUCCUUUGUUGCUGUCUCGCGCUGCUUGUUAAGCCAUGGAGCUGACGUGUUGAAAGUCAAUGGUUCAGGGAAAACACCGCUGGACAUGUGUCAAGGAUCAGAAGUUGAGCAACUCAUUCGGAAUAUUGCAGCCGGUGGAGGGACCACACACGACAAGAAAGUUCCAAGUUUUGGAUCCUCGAGUGGGUCGCAAACCGACCCUGAAUUAGGCGAUGCAUUAUCUUCAGCAAAUGCAGCGACACAGGCGGACAUCGACCUCGUGAAUGCAGUGCAAAGCAACAACCUGUCAAGAGUCAAGGAAAUCUUGGAUACUAACCCAGAAUUGAUUGAUAAGCUAGUGGGUGGUCACACAGCUCUCCAUACGGCAUGUCGUCAGGGGCAUUGUGACAUCAUUAGAGAAUUGCUUGAGAGAGGAGCUAACAUGAAUGUACGGGAUAAUCAGGGAUACACAGCCAUGCAUCACUCUACUUACCAAGACGAAAGCGGUGAAGCAUUAAAACUGUUACUGGAGAGAGGUUUUGACCCAAAUGUUCAACAUGGAAGCAAUAAGAGCACACCAUUACAUUCGGCUGUGCAAAAGAAAAACGAAACAGCAGUACAGAUCCUGACACAGUGCCCUGAGUGUGACGUCAAUCUACAGGACGAGGCAGGUGAUACCCCUCUGUAUGAUGCCAUCCUUGCACAACACCACAGCAUGGUGGAUAUGCUAUUAGACUGUCCAAGAAUUUGUUACACUCUUUGUAACGGAAAAGGUUUCAAUUAUCUUCAAUACGCUGUUUUGAAAGGAAAUAAACGCGCCGUGGAGAGAAUUUUUGCCAAAACCGAGAAUUCCUUGAAUGUUACCAAAGAUGGUGGGUUUACGACCCUUCAUAUUGCAGCAAUUAAUAAUCACCUUGAGAUAGCUAAGAUCUUGUUACAAAAGCCGGGGUGUGAGGUCAAUACUCCAACCGCUGAAAAUCAAUCAGCACUUCAUUUAGCUGCAAAUGAAGGGUAUUCGGUCAUGGUGGAACUGUUGCUGGACCACGGAGCCAAUGUAAAUGCAGUGGAUAAUGACGGAGAUACGGUGCUUCAUAUCACUUUAAUGAAGGAACAUGCACUACAGAGAAAAAUGGGAUUAAUGCCUGGUCUGGAGUUACUACUUGGUGAACGAAAGAGCAGUGCGUCCUUUGUCGCUGUCUCGCGCUGCUUGUUAAGCUAUGGAGCUGACGUGUUGAAAGUUAAUGGCUCGGGGAAAACACCGCUGGACGUAUGUCGAGGAUCGGAAGUUGAGCAACUAAUUCGGAAGAUCGCAGCCGGUGGAGGGACAACACACAACAAGAAAGUUCCAAGUUUUGGGUCCGUGAGCGGGUCACAAACCGAACCUGAAUUAGGAGAUGCGUCAUCUUCAGCGAGUGCGGCGACACUGACAGGCGAAACUGAAAAAGAUGAUGAAAAUCAAACAGAUAGUGCGAGUAGCACAGAUGAGGCAGAAGACACUUUUUUGCGUCGCUUAAUAAGUGACUUGUGGAGUGUAGAUCAACAAGAAUCAGUAUCACAGGAGACGUCAGACGAGAUGGAGAGUGAAGACGUUCAAGAAGGCGAAAGAGCUAAAAGUGUACCACAGGAAACGGCCAUGGUGGAAAAUACAAUGGUGGAAGACAAAUUGUGUCAGGAGAAUGUGGUGCUGGAAGUGACUAAUAGAGUUGAAGUGGAAACCUGGGCCUCAGGCAUCUCAAACAACAGCGCUGUUCAACCUGCAGAAAUGCUAGAGAAAAAUACCGACAUAGAAAUGGACGAUAGCGAGGGCCUACCAUCACAAACACAACUAGUAGACGACGAUGUAAAUAUGGAUCAGGAGACAGAAAAUGAAGAAAAAAAUCCAUCGACACCUGAUCGUCAAAAAGUGCUGUGUUACAUAUGUGAGGAGACUGAGGCUGUUGUUGCAUUCAAACCCUGUGGUCACACUGUUGUAUGCACAGAAUGUGCAGCCCGAUUAAAGAGAUGUUUGGAAUGUAAAACGCCUAUUUCUGGUAAAGGAACGAGAGAUGGUAACCCAAUCAUUGGAAUUAACAACAAGUCCUUGGUCUCGCAAUAUCAGCAACUUGAAGUAAAGUUUCGGAAAUUGGAGGAAUCCGUUGUCUGUUGUAUUUGCGUGGAAAGGAAGAAGGACGUCAUUUUCCGCUGUGGUCACGGCGCAUGUCAGUUUUGUGCAAAGCAGCUUAGUGUCUGCCAUAUUUGCAAAAAGCCCAUUGAGAUGAAAAUACAAAUAUUUUAGUUGUGCGUGGUACCCUGGCGGCUUUUUUUUUUUAAACAAUCUACACUAUCUGCUGAUACGCCAUGAAAGCCUGUUCGAUAAACAACCCCUACUGAGUGAAACCAGUCUUAAUCCAUGUUCUACAGUAUUUAAGAUUUACAUGAAAAGUCAACGAAAUAAGAAUAAAAGCAAUUCAUAUUGUGAGCUUCUCGAAAAGAAAUCGAGUCAAAUCAGGCCAUAUUUUCAUGCUCCACAAUAUUUAAAGUUUUUCAGGGAACGAAGGAAGAUCUUUAUGAAUCAAACGAGUUCAAAUUGAAUAAUUUAUUGUGGGGUGAAAUGUGAGAGUGAAUGGAAUGCGAUCAGUGUUUUCCUUCUCAGCCGUUUGUAAUUCUAAUUGUCGAUCAAUUUUUUGGGCACGGUGGUGGCCUGCUUGAACGACAGAAACAAAAUAGCUACGUUUAUCAAAAAUCUGGCACAUUGCUGGAGGACUAGAGGACAAGGUGUACUAUUGGGAUAAAAUUAUGCAAGACAUCGUUGAUGAAGGCUUCCCUCAGAAAAAGAAGCGAGUGAGGGAUAAAGAUACACCCUAUAUGAACACUGCAUGGAAAAAUGCUAUCCGAGAAAAGAGAAGAGCCUUUAAGAAGUAUUUAAAUGAAAGUGAAAUGUGGCAAUGGGGCAGUCAGACAAAGAAGAAUUGCUUUACGGAAAUACUGGAAGAGAAAGCCUUCUGACCCUAAAGAAAACCCAAGAAAUUUUUCCGAAACUUUUUAACCGUUUCUUGGAUCUAGGAAGGGGGUCAUGGGAACUGAUAUCAACUUAAAAGUUGACAGCAAGAUCAUCAGCAAUCAAGAGACUGUUGCGGAAAUAUUAGCAGAUCAUUUUGCGACAAUAGCAAGCGAUAUCGGAGAGUGACUUAAAUAACCACCUAAGUGUCUUGCAAAUACGAAUGGCGAAUGAUUCAAAACCAAUGAUCUAGUCUAAUCCAGUUAACCAAGUACAAGUCAGAAAUGCUCUGGAGUCACUUAAUACAAGAAAAGCAUCUAGAUGUGACAAUUUGCCAGCCAGAGCACUGAAGUGUGGAGCGGAAAAACUUGGUAUACCACUGGCGAAUCUGUACAAUUCAUGUAUUAUAAAUCGACAGUGACCAAGCAACCGAAAAAGGAGGGAAUGGACGCCCGUCUUUAAGAAAGAGGAUCCACAAGAUAGUCGGAACUAUCGACCAAUAACUGUCCUUCCAGUGGUUAGUAUUGUGUUUGAGCAGCUACUUAGUGACCAGAUUUCAAAGCAAUUUGACAGCCGUUUGGACCCCUGAAUCACGGCAUACCGUAAACGCCACAGUUGUGAAAAAACACUGAUAAGUCUUAUUAGUAACUACUUCGCAUCUCUCCACAUAAGCGGAUAUACGCCAUCAGAUGUAUGAGACAGCGGGGGACCCGAAAAUGGCUUUCAUCAACCUUAUGAGGAAUGCCAAUAGGGCCUCCGAAUUGUAUGCUAGCAAUCUGUUAAAAGGAAAUCUGAGUAAAUUUCAAACUAUGACUUUCAAGCAUAACAGGACAGAAAGUAACAUUCCAUUACACUUACAAGGAAACAUCA